AUGGAUUUUGUUAGCAACUUGCGUGAUGUAUGUCCCCGGUGUGGGGAGGUGGGAGGCGAGAACAAUGGUUUCGGUUCUCACACGUGUGGAGGAUUAUUUGCAUUCGGAAAUAAAGAGAGGAAUGAUAAAAGAAAGGCGCGAGCGAGGUCCCACCGCCUCGAGCGGGGUGUGGGAACUAGGUGGGGGGUGAGCGCGGGGUGUCUUCUCUGGGGGGGUGGGAGCUCGUUACGCGAACAAUGGAGAAAUAAUGUACAGAUUGCAGUGAGCGAUGCGCCGCCGCGACUCAGGUGUCUUGGCUCUCUCUUGGACAUCACGCUUCUCCUAUCAAAUGUAAACAUCAAUACGACAGCAAAUUCCAUAACCAAAUGCGACGUAGUCGGCAACGAUGUUCUGCCUCGAGUUAAAUAA